GUCUGUGUUCAACAACAUUGGCUGCUGGGAAAUUACUAGAAGGCUCAGUAAACACAUAAGAACUCGUCCAAAGCAAGGGUUUUUGGCUCACGGGUUAAUUAACUGACUAAAUCCUGUUACGGCGUUAAGUCUUUGUGUCUGAGACGAACAGUUCACCUGUGUAAAAAGCUGUUUGAACGGCAGCAGGUGUGUGACUGUGUUAGUAAGUGUAGCGUCUGAGCGGCUAGCUGAGUUAGCUUCCUGUUACUGACUAAAAUGAGCCAAAACCUCAACGGCUUCCAUGACGACUCGUUCUCGGAUGAAGACGGCUUCCUCUUCACGUCCGAGUCAGUGGGAGAAGGACAUCCCGAUAAGAUCUGUGAUCAAAUCAGUGAUGCAGUGUUGGAUGCACACCUCAGCCAAGAUCCAGAUGCCAAAGUAGCAUGUGAGACUGUAGCUAAGACGGGGAUGAUACUGCUGGCUGGGGAGAUCACCUCCAGGUCCAACGUCGACUACCAGAAGAUUGUGAGAGAGACCAUCAGAGAUAUUGGUUAUGAUGAUUCCUCUAAAGGCUUUGACUAUAAAACCUGUAAUGUGCUGGUGGCUUUAGAGCAACAGUCCCCUGACAUUGCUCAGGGUGUUCACCUGGAUCGAAAAGAAGAGGACGUGGGAGCAGGCGACCAGGGUCUGAUGUUUGGCUACGCCACCGAUGAGACUGACGAGUGUAUGCCCCUCACCAUUGUCCUGGCUCACAAGCUCAAUGCCAAGAUAGCCGAGUUGCGCCGGAAUGGAACCCUGCCAUGGCUGCGACCCGAUUCCAAAACUCAGGUGACCAUACGGUACAGGCAGGACCGAGGUGCAAUGGUGCCACUACGUGUCCACACUGUUGUUGUGUCUGUGCAGCACGAUGAGUGUGUAAGUUUGGAGGAGAUGCGUCGCUGUCUGAAGGAGCAGGUGGUGACUGCUGUGAUUCCUAGUGGGUACCUUGACGACAACACCAUAUAUCACCUGCAGCCCAGUGGCCGUUUUGUCAUUGGAGGACCACAGGGUGAUGCUGGUCUGACUGGGCGCAAGAUCAUCGUCGACACUUAUGGGGGUUGGGGCGCUCAUGGAGGCGGAGCUUUCUCUGGAAAGGACUACACAAAGGUAGACCGCUCUGCUGCUUAUGCCGCCCGCUGGGUGGCCAAAUCUCUGGUAAAAGCUGGGCUCUGCAGGCGUGUACUGGUCCAGGUAUCCUAUGCUAUUGGAGUGGCCCAUCCCCUCUCCAUCUCCAUCUUCCACUAUGGGACCUCCCAGAUGAGUGAGAAGCAGCUGCUGGACAUUGUGAAGAAAAACUUUGACCUACGUCCUGGAGUUAUUGUGAGGGAUCUUGACUUGAAGAAGCCCAUCUAUCAGCGCACAGCAGCGUACGGUCACUUUGGCCGUGACAUCUUUACAUGGGAGGUGCCCAAGAAGCUGAAAUUAUGACCCCAUUUUCUAAUCUUCCAGAUGGCCUUAGGUGUCUCACAGCUAAACAUAUUUCUCUUCUUCCUUCCUUUCUCCUUCUUCUUCCCUUCCUCCUUACACACACACACACAGCCACAUCACAACAGCCUUUCUUACACUAAAAAUCACCUAACUUUCCCACCUGCUGGUUGUGUACACAACCUAGAAGAGAAAAACUUCAAAUGUCCAUACAAAUAUGAGAAUAUUAGGCUCAUGUACAGUUUUGAAGGGUUAACAGUUAUUUAGUUGUCCACACACUGAGAUUCAUAUUAAAAUUAGUUUUAGACAUAUUUCUAACAGAACCAUGUGCGUAUUUACCAGUAAUGCAAACAUUUCUGGCAUCCUUCACCUUUUUAAAGUGUUUGUAGUUAAGUGUGGCGUCCUCUGAUUUAUCGUUAAUGGCAACAUGUCAUUUCCAGUGUGCAAUGUUAUUGCCUACUCCAUGUUUCACUUCUUGUCCCAUUCCCAACACUGAGUGACCCAAGCCACUUUCACAGAGAGUAGCUUUAAUUUUGUUGAGUUCAUAGCCAUUUAGUGUUGCAUCAAGCUCUUUUAAAAUGCAGACGGCACAAACAUGUCAAACACUGGCUGAAUGUAGUUUAGUUUACUCAUUUUCUUGUGUGCGUCUCUUCAGACCACGAGUUUCUGACGUUUUACAGAGAAGUCAGAAGCUGCUAAUGACUCCUGGUUGUGUUGAGCUGCACCAUGAAACCACUCCGAUUUUUUUUGUACUUUAAGUUGUUUUAAAAGUCAUUGUGAAUGUUUGAGAUAAUGUCAAUGUUUUACUGACCAAAAGCAAAGGUAUGGUCCAGCGCUUACACUUUCUCAGACUGACCUGGGUGUAGUUACAGAGAAACCCAGGCUCGGGUGCUUUUGGACAAUGGCUGUCUUUUAUUACCUGCAGCAAGACUUGUCUCGAAGUGGUAAUGUACUAGUUACUGUAUCUAAAAGCAGUUCACCACUCAGUUGCACAUCCUCAAACUUUUAGUCACACCUGCACGUAAUAUAUAAAUAUACUUGACAGUUAUGAUAGACCAUAAAGAGCGGACACACCGAGACGAGAGGCAGCGCACACUGAAUGUAAGAUGAGAGUUUUGUUUAAGUGAGAACAUGAUUUUUAAAUCUACUGGAAUUGCACAACAGGAUAGCUCAAGUUACCCAAAAUGUCCCCUGUUUUAAAUGUUCCAUCUAUACAGCAUCAGCUUUCAAAAAGGGUUUUUCCCUUUUGGGUGAAACACUGACUAGAUAGAGAAUAGGUCCCACCUAACAGUGCCAUAAAUAAGAUGUAUAAUUGAUUUUCUGCGCCUACAGUGAUCAUAAUCACCUAAAACUAUUUCAUUAAGUAGCACCUGCUAUUGAUGCAGAUGACUGACACGAUCUGUCAUGUCAGUCAUCUGCAUGAUUACUAGCCGAAUUUGUUUCGGAUAGUUUCUAUAGAAUUCUUAACCCUGAGGCUUGAAUUCCGCUAUGUUGACUUUAAAUUUAGCAAAUCGUAAUAUUUGAAUAUAUUAUUAUUAUUAUUAUUAUUAUUAUUAUUAUUGGAAUAUAUAUGGCUUAAUAUACAUGUUUUUAAAACCCAAAAUAACCCUAAAGUAUUGAGAGUAACUUUAAGUUGUUGCUUUUCUCCUGAUAAACGACAGAAGGAAGGCUAGAUGCACUUCACACAUUAGUGGGGCACUGUGUCCUUAAAUAUAAAGAUUCUAAUUAUUUUGUUGUACUUCUGGUCAGAUAGCCCUGUUUUGGCACCACCUUGUGGUUCCAGAGUGUACUGCAGAGGAGCCUAACACUUUUGACAAGCCAUAGGACGUUGCUGUUGCUUACUCAAAAAUAUGUUUGCGUCCUCUAACUCAUCCACAGACACACGCUUGGUUGGUGUUGUACAGAGAAACCAGCCGGUUUACAUAGUCUGUUGAUGCUUGUUAAGAGUUUUUGUUUUUUUCUCCCCGCCAAUAGUUUUUCAACGAUGGGAAGUUGCUGUUAUUGUGGUUGCUAAAUGUGUAAAAGUGCCUUUUCUGCAAACCCCCUUUUCCCUUUUUUCCUAAAUAUCUGACUCCUGAUCUACUGCACACAGACACACGCCAUCCUUAAGGCUGCGAAAACCUGCUCCCCAGUAGUUUAAACCGAGGACUCCGAUUUGGUGUUGAGUUUCUCUUUUAAACCCUUCCAAUAAACUGUGCACUUGCUCAUGCUUA